ACCUGGAUUACGUAGGUACUCAAUAUGUAACUUACAUCAUUCAUAAUUCUUAUAUUUUAUAUUUUAUACCAGUUCAUCCUCGAUCCCUCAAAUUUUAUUUAACCUCUUCCCAUUACCAAGGAGAUCAUAGCAACAUCGCGCUUCUAGCUAAUAACAUACGAUGACUAGGCCAAAAUGAAUAGCAAAACUACCUAGAUGGAAAAAUCGUGCUGUGGCCUAAGAAGGAUUCUCCAAUCUCUAAAUCUCCAAAUCUAUUGGAUGAGAAAUGUGGCUGAAUGAUAUAUGGUAGUAGCACGAUAACUGCGGUCAGAUUCCGAAUCUUUCUGGAGGCCUCUUGUUAUGUUAUUCUAUUAACAUUUAGAUUUUAAUUGGUGUUUAGCUAAAUAAACUCAUGUUGGUCUCGUCCUCGUCAGAACACUUUGGGAUGCCUUGAGAGACCUAUAUCUUGUCCCAUCUUCCCUCCUCCUUUUUUCAAGCGCUUUCGUUAUCCUAUAGCCUACCUCUAAUACAUAGUUGUACCCCACAAGAGCAAACAUACGCAACUUACCUGGAUCAUGGAUCCUCAGAAGCAGCAAUAUUAUAAUCACUAUCCCCCUACCGGUGGACCUCCUGGCCAACCUGGACAGCCUCAAUCCGGAUAUCAGCGGCCUCCACCCGGAGGCUCGUAUUACUCUCCCACCGGGUCGCCUGCUCCUGGACAGCCCCCUUACCAGCAACCACCUUAUUCUCCUUACAACGCACCACAAGGCCCUCCUCAAACUAGUCAAUAUCAAUACCAAUCCCAGCAGCAUCCGUCAGGUCCGCCUCAGGCUCCGGGACAAUACACUCUACCUCAACCUUACCCAUCUCAGCAGCCACAACAGGGACAAUACGGAAAACCACCACUUCCGUAUCAGCAAUGGGGUCCUAGCUCUCGGCGGAGUCCUCCCAAUACAUACUAUUUUCCAACCCAUUCACAAGCCCCGACCCCUUAUUCUCUGCAGCCGCAACAAUACGGAGGUCCUCUGGGUGCUCCGCAAUGGUCGCAGCCUCAGCAAUACGAGCCUGGUUAUGGCUACGUAAUGCCGACCCCUGCGUCGCCUGGUUAUGACCUAGCUCAGAGAGCGUUCCUAGCCCCCGUCGAUACGUCGGCCGACGUCGAAACUCUUCGCAAGGCUAUGAAAGGCAUGGGAUGUGAUGAGGCAGCUCUGAUACGAGUACUCACUUCAUCCAAGUACGAGAAUCCGUGGGCGAUGGCUCAGCUUGUCGGUGAUUAUAACAAGCGUUUCAUCCGCGACUUAGCCAAGGAUAUAGAAAGCGAAACACGUGGGGGCGUAGAAACCGCACUCCUCGCUCUGAUCCGUGGGCCACUAGAACAUGAUGUACGAGUCCUUAUUAAGGCUCUCGAUCGAGCCGGCACAGACGAAGAUGCCCUCAUGGACGUCCUUUUGUGUCGAUCGAAUGCGGACAUUCGCGCGAUCACCGCCGAGUAUAAGAGAAUUAAAGGCAAAGAACUCCUGGUAGAUAUCAAAGAUGACGUAGAUGACACGUUAUUCCGGCUCUACAGCAUGGUACUUUCUGCUACGCGUGCCGAAGACGCAGCGCCUGUAAUCAGUUCGGAUAUCGAUUAUAAAGUGACAGAACUGCAGCGUGCGACCGAGGGCACGAUCGGCGCCAAUACCAUCUCCGUAGCGCAGAUCUUCACGAACUCUAACACCGCACAGCUAUAUGCUAUCAGCAAGGCGUACGAGCGGAAGUACCACCGCUCGCUCGAGGAGGUCAUUGAGAAGGAAUUUCGCGGAGAUAUGGAGGAUGCGCUCCUCUACAUGCUCGAAAACGCCAUCGACCGAGCACGCUUCGACGCCAAGAGACUGGAGAGACCACUAUACAAGACUCCGCGCAAGGACCGGCUUUUGAUCAACAGGGUUGUCAGUCUGUACUGGAACCGUCCACGUCAGGACGCGGCUAAAGCUGCUUAUCAGAUACACUCUUCGGCUAGGACCUCAUUGCGUGCUGCGUUUAACGCUGUCCUGAGUGGAGAUUUCAUGAGUGGAGAUUACAAGGAUCUGAUGAUUGCGUUGAUUCGCGAGAGGAAUUAAAUGGAAGUUCUUGACUAUAGAUAUGCUUAAUAAAUGGAUCUGGGAUAGUUAUUUUUCUGUCUUGUGAAAUGAAUAUUGUAAAGAAUAUAAGAAUAUAGAAUACUUAGCCUGAUGAUUAAUUACUAUCUGUCAUAACUAUAUUCAUAAUCACACCAAAGGUGCUUAGGAUUGUAUGUAACCUAUGUGACGUGAAGGCUAUACAAGAG